AUGCUCUCUUCGAGGCCUACAAAAUGGCUUCAGAUUCUUGCAAAAUGUAAACCUUUAGCCCGGCCCGGACUCAAACCCCGGAAGCAACACGCCCUGCUUGGGCUGCGUGGAUCUGGUGUUCAGCGGACAAUGAUGACUGUUCCUAACACUGAAAAGACUGCUCCAUUUCGCAAUCUGGCAGCUCCUUCUUUGGACUCGCUACCUAAGCCUCCGAAGAAAACAGUGCGCCCAAAGAAAACUCCUGGAGGGAAGAAGAAGGGCGGCUCAAAAGGUAAAGUUUUGUUGGUUUUACUAGGAGUCGGGACCGUGGGAUACUUUUAUGAUUCAUACUAUAAUGCUAGGGCACUGUCACGUACAAUCAAAACAGUUUACACACUUACGAGUAUUGCCAUCGAUUACAAACUCAACUUUGAUGAAUCAAAAGAUAUUCCUGGAUUGCACUGGCGAACAGCCGAGAAGAUUUACAAUUUGAUGAUCUCUAACAAGGGUUUAUACAUCAAGAUGGGACAGGCGUUAGCUGUGCAAGCAAGUAUUUUCCCUCCCGAGUUCCAGCGCAAGUUUGCCAAGUUGUUUGAUAACGCACCCCAGGAUUCUUGGAGUGAAAUUCGCCAGACUUUUGUCGAAGAAUUUGGUAAGGAGCCAAGCGAGGUAUUUGCUUAUAUUGACCCCAAGGCGAUUGCAAGCGCUUCAGUUGCACAGGUGCACCGGGCCCAGCUUCAAAGUACAGGCGAGUGGGUUGCAGUUAAGGUACAGCAUGCUGACAUUCGCAAGCAAGUUGAGUGGGAUUUGCAGACAUACCAGAGUAUGAUGUGGAUCUAUGAAAAGUUAUUUGACAUGCCCAUUUACUUUAUUUCCAAGUACAUUGCGGCGCGAAUGAAGCUCGAGAUUGAUUUCCGCCACGAAGUGGAGAACUCGGAAAUAACACGUGCCAACGUUGAGCGCGAAUGGGGGUCGGGCGACUUCCCCGAUGUCUACGUGCCUAAGGUUUAUCGCGAGCUAUGCACAGAACGCGUUAUGGUGACUGAGUGGAUUGACGGCACACCUCUUAGCAACAAGGAGGUGAUUGUGCAGAAUUUUGAUGUUGCUGGUGUGAUUGGUACUGUGUUGACGCUUUUUUCAAAACAGGUGUUUGAAUGGGGCGCCGUGCACUGUGACCCGCAUCCAGGAAAUGUGAUUGUACGCAAACGCCGCGGAACAUCUAUAUUUGCCCAGUUGUUUGAGCGCGAUGAGCAACAAGUUGUUUUGAUUGACCAUGGGUUGUAUGUACACACGUCUGAAAAGUUUCGUGGAGAAUACUCGCAUCUCUGGCAAUGUCUGUUUUUGUUUGAUCGCGAUGGAAUCCGCGAGAUUAUGAAGAGCUGGGGUAUUGGAUCCGAGGAUUUAUUUGCGUCAUCUGUGAUGUUGAGACCUUAUAGUGCAGAGGAGACCAUUGUGACUUAUAAUGGUGGCCAGACAAACAAGGAACUGACACAGUAUGAGUUGCAACAAAAGAUGCGCAACAGAAUGAAAACGUUUAUUGUGGACGCAACGCGAAUGCCGCUUGAACUUGUGUUUUUAGGCCGCACCAUGUCGUUGCUUAUGGGUUUGAAUCGAAUGUACGGAUCACCUGUGAACCGUAUCAAGAUUUUGGCGUAUGAGGCUAGUAAGGCGUUUAGUUACUACAAUGCUAUUGGAGUGAUUGACGGGACGAGUCGGGGUGACAAGGGAACCAUUUAUGCUCCAGUGACUACACUUAUUUAUCUGUUGCAAGCAUGGCUCGAUUACACCAGAUUCCGUUUGGUUGUAGUAUUUUCAGAUUUGGCAUUCCACUUCUUUAGACUAGGCCAGCUAUUUACUUUUAAUAAGGAGCGUAAGGAUCAAAAGGGUAUGGAGGACUACCUUGAGAAGCAAAUGGUUGGCAUGGCCAACAAGAUGGGCUUCCAAGUUGAAGAAGGCAAGCUCUUCAAUGCAUGA